AUGGCUCUGGAGGCCCAAACAGCCGCCAUCACCGGGGGUUGGUUCGGCGUGGGCUGGUCGGCAACCGGGGCAAUGUACCCCGCAGAUGCCGUCAUUGUCAACUCCGAUACCUACGGCGACAUUGGCCCGUACAAAAUGGAGCUCGACUCACAGAAUAUCCAUCCCUCCUUCCCACUUCCGCCUUGUCCUCUCCUGUCCUCCCCCCCCUACACCUUGGCAGGUUUAUUCUUCACUGGAAGUUUCUCCCGCACGGUGGGCACGGGCGACAAGAUCAACUUCGUGAACGGACCCAUGAAGACCAUCUGGGCCUACUCCGACGGCCCCUCCGGCGACUUCAGUGCCGGUCAUGCCGCCCAGCGCGGCGUCGUCACAGUCGACUACAAGUGUGACCCCAACGCCGUCGCCGCCCCCCCGCCGCCCGCCCCUUCCACUGCCAAACCCCCGCCGCCCGCCCCGUCCACCGCCAAGCCUCCGCCUCCCCCCCCCGCUUCCACCAAACCAUCCCCGCCUCCCCCGCCGUCUUCCACGCCCAAGCCCUCCCCUCCUCCACCCGCGUCGUCACCCCCGCCUGCGGGCGCGGCGUGUGCAUCGUCGUCGCUUGCCGGGUACUCGUAUCAAGUCGAGCUGAACGGACCACUGUAA